AUGGGGAUGGAGAACCUGAAGCGGCGCCUCUACAACAAGAUAAGCCCGCAGCGCAAACACCAGCUGGAGCAGGAAAAUCGGCCCAUCCAGAACGCAAUCGAGAACGCCUUCACGCUCGGCCUCUACUGCCCGCGCCCCCCGCACACCUUCGGCUGCCUCGUGCUCUGCCUCGGCCCGGAGCAGUUCAGCGUGCGCGAGGCGUGCUACUUCCUGACGGUGUCGAUGACGACGGUCGGCUACGGCGACGUGUCGCCCACGACGAAGAGCGCGAAGCUCUUCAUGAUGGUCUACAUCCUCAUCGGCCUCGCCGUGUGCCUCCCCAUCGCCAUGGACGCCGGCGCCUACGUCCACACGCACCUCAUGGUCUUCCUCAUGAAACUCGCGGACAACAACCCGGACGACAACCGGAGCCCGCAGUGGGUCAAGGGCGUGCUCGCGGUGGUGGAGAUCGUGCUGCCCAUCCUGUUCGGCACGGGCUACUUCGUGAUGACGACGGCGGGCGACGAGGAGUGCGCCUGGGGGAAUCUCGACGCGCUCUGGUGGACGUUCAUGACCGUGACGACGGUCGGCUACGGCGACCUGUCGCUCUGCCACCCGAAGACGGACAUGGUCUUCCUCAUCUUCUUCGUCCUCUUCAGCGUCGUCUUCGUCACCGCGGCCAUCACGACGCUGUCGAAGCUCGGGGACGACAUCCGCAAAGAGGCGCGCGAGGCGGAGCUGCUCGCGUCGUUCAACAUCGACAUGAUCAAGGACCUCGACACGGACGGCGACGGCGUCGACAAGAACGAGUACGUCCUGGGCAUGCUCGCGGCCAUGGGCCACCUCGACGACGAGACGAUCCUCAAGUACAAGCGGCAGUUCGACGAGUACGACGCGGACGGCUCCGGCAAGCUGACGAAGGACGACCUGGACCUCAUCGACGCCAAAUACAAGGCGUCGGCGGAGGCGAGCCGGAGCAAGGUCGGCCGCGACCUGUCCAUGUCCGAGGCGCUCGAGCGCGCCGCGCUCCACGCGAUCGACACCACCGAGGCGCUGAUCGAGGGCGUCGAGGACAAGCUCGAAGCCGCGGAGGAGACGAUCGUCAAGGCCGGUCAACGCAUGACGGGCGCGAGCGAGGCCGACAUCGUCGAGGCCAUGGAGAAGAAGAAGGAGCGCAAGGCGCGGAAGAAGGAGCGCAAGGCGGCGAAAAAGCGCGCGGCGGCCGCGGCCGACAACCGGGCCGCCGACGCGUUCUGCUGCCUGAACCCCGAGAUGCCCGCCGACGACGCCGCCGCGCGGGUCUAA